AUGUCAGACUUGACCGUCUACGCAGAGGCAUUGAUUGCAGCUGUUGCCCGGGCGUUUUACGAUGAUGAAGCCGUCUGUGUGAUUGACGUAAUGAUUCGAGACAAGUUUUUGCGUGAUGAUGACAUGGCCCCUCGUCUUUCCUUGCCGGCCAAAAGGUUAAGAGCAACACUACAGUUCUUGCAGGAGGAGCACUUGGUCAAAUUCGAGACGGUGGAUGAUUUAGCACAAGGAGGGUCGCAAGCAACAAAGUUUUGGUACAUUGACUACAAUCACGCCGUCCACAGCAUCCGAUUGAGGAUCCAUUUGUUGCGAAGGCAACUCGAGCAGGCAGAAAUGCGAUCCCGUUCCAGUAGUUUUUAUCUUUGUCCGGGAUACAAGAGCAAGCGAUGCAAUGGUCAAUACACUGAAGAAGAAGCUCAGCAAUUGGUGGAUAUGGACUCUGGUCUGUUCUUGUGUCAGGAGUGCUUCAUGACCUACGAUGCCAAUCCCAAUGCUCCUGCUAAAAGUACUUACACCCUACAACUGGUUGAUAAUGCCAAGGAUUUGCGCUUGGCUAUGGACAACAUGCGGCGAGUGACGGUUCAAUUGAGUGGAAAGAUGAUUGGCAACACUCAAUUGCGUCCUGGUAUUUAUGACCUUUUGCAAAAAGUACGGGGGAAAGGAAAAGAGCCCAUCACUUCCAAUCUACCGUCGGAGAACUAUUCACUAGGAAUUGGUUCCAAGCGUUUGGCAGGUACAGGAAGAACAGCUGGUAUCCGUGCCAAGAAAUUGGAGCAGGAAGGUGUGGCUGAUUCUGCGACAGCAGCAAGAGACUACCUAGUAGGCGGUGGCAAACGAUCGGCAGAAGGCAGCGACUUGACAUUCUUGAAGAAUGCCAUGGGAAAUGAGAUUGCCUUUAGCGUAGAGAAAGGUGGAGGCGCAAGAGCAAAUUUGCUAGCCACCAAUACUAGGCGCCGUCGAAAGCUAAUGGAUGCCGCUGCUACUCGAGUGGGUGCCAGCAUACCCCUGGACAUGAGAGUGAAGGAAAAAGAGAAGCGACAAAUGGAGGAAGAGCAAAAGAAUGGCAACAAGAGGCAGAAGACUACAGAAGGCACUCAGUCCACCAUACCUUUGACCUUUUUGAACAAUAACAUUGGCAGACAACAAUUGGACGACGAAAUGGAACGACUUCGUCAGCAAGACAUGGAAGCUGGAAGCGAUGAAGAAGACGAGGUCGUAGACUAUCAGGCUGGAAGGGUUGUUCUAAACGAAAUAGAAGAUACCCCGAUCCUUUGGGAAGAAGAAACUCGCAAAGCUGCAUUUCAGGCUCUUUACUCUAAAGAGAUGAUUCGGCAGAGAGAACUUUUGGGUGACAACCCAGGAAUGGCAAGUCCCCAACGAAGUGUUGUGGACGCUGAGGAACGAUCCAUUGCAUGGGAGGACGCUUAG